AUGGCUACGCAAUCUCCUCCCACGAGACCUCUGAGCUCCCGCCGCUCCACCGCCUCGGGCAAGGGUCUCUCUCUCGACCUCUCGUCUCUGCCACCCCUGACCCAGCCGACGCCUCCUUCCAACACGCUCCUCCUGACAAACCUCGAUGAUCUCGCCAUCUUCCGCCCAGACAAUCUCCAGACCAUCCGCGAACUGAUCGCCCAGACGGCCGCCAUCCACUCGUGGGCGCCGCUCAAGUCCUUCCGCCGCAUCAUCGUGUCCUUCUACGACGAGGACGCCGCCAUCGCCGUGCGCCAGAUCUGGAACGGCGAGGCCAUCCUCGGCAACGUCUGCCGCGUCUACUUUGGCACCCCGACCCCCAUCGACCAGCACCUCAAGGACCAGUACCUCGCCCUGCCCGACGCCGGCAAGCUCUUCUUCAUCUCGCCCCCGCCCAGCCCCCCGCACGGCUGGGAGAUGAAGCUCGAGGAUGCCCCCAACAAGCAGGUCCACGCCGAGGACCUCGCCGACGCCCUCGCCAAGCUGCAUCACGCCAGCCGAUCCGCCGCCCCCGGCGUCGAGACCCCGAUCAGCCCCGUCGACGGCACGCGCCAGACGAGGAGCCGCAGCUCCACGCUGCUCUACCAGCCCAACGCCCACGAGGGCGCGAGCCCCGACCUGCCGGCCAUCUGCCUCGAGGACAUGACGGACGAGCCCAGCCCCAUUGAGGCGCCCAAGCCCAUCAUGGCGCACACGUCGCGGCCGCCUGUCGAGCUGAUGCACCAUGCGUAG